GUGUGAUUGAGUCAACGGGUUUUGGGGGAUUGUGUGUGCUUGAGGGUUUUUGAAGAAACUAGGUAUGCGAGAUAAUAAUAUUAUGCCAAAGGGAAAUGAGACAGACGACGGUGAAGUGGGAAUUGAUACGACGUCGUUUGAACAAGUACAGCAACAGCAGAAGAAACUGGUUAUUGGGUAUGCUUUGACUUCUAAGAAGAAGAUGAGUUUCUUGCAACCCAAGCUUGAAGUUCUUGCUAGGAAAAAAGGCAUUUCCUUUGUUUCAAUUGACCAGGACAAGCCACUCUCCGAACAAGGCCCAUUCGAUGUCGUUUUGCAUAAGUUGCUGGGAAAUGAGUGGCAUGAUGUUAUUGAGGAAUACCAGCAAAAACAUCCAGAAGUGACUGUCCUUGAUCCUCCAUGUGCAAUCGAGCGUAUAUAUAAUCGACAAUCAAUGCUCCAGGGCAUUGCUGAUAUAAAUCUUGCAGAUUGCGAUGGCAUGAUAUGUGUUCCAAAACAAAUGGUGGUAUUAAAAGAUACAACAUCUAGCGCUAAUGAAGUAGCAGAAGCCGGUCUAAAUUUUCCAUUAGUUGCAAAGCCACUUUUGGUUGAUGGAACUGCAAAGUCACAUCAAUUGUUCUUAGCCUACGACCGCCUCUCGCUUGCAGAGCUUGAACCACCUUUGGUUCUUCAAGAAUUUGUGAAUCAUGGUGGAGUUCUCUUCAAGGUUUUUGUUGUUGGUGAUGUGAUAAAAGUGGUCCGUCGGUUUUCUCUACCCAAUGUAAGCAAUUGUGAAAAAGAAAAAGUUGCUGGUGUAUUUCAAUUCCCGAGGGUAUCAUCUUCUGCAGCUUCAGUAGACAAAACAGACUUGGACCCUCGUGUUGCUGAGCUACCUCCAAAGCCUUUGCUCGAGGGGCUUGUGAGAGAAUUACGAAACCGAUUGGGACUCAGGCUGUUCAACAUAGAUAUGAUCAGAGAACAUGGGAGCAGAGAUGUGUUUUAUGUCAUUGACAUCAACUAUUUUCCUGGGUAUGGAAAGAUGCCGGAUUAUGAGCAGGUAUUCAUCGAUUUCUUCAUGAGUCUAGCGCAAGCGAAGCAUAAUACGAUACAGUGUGUGAGGUGAAAUAGUGUUGAGAUGAUAUAGUUAUGUACAGAAAAUAGCUCCAUGUUGCUAGCAAUUAGCAAAAAAACAAGUUUUGAUUA